UAAGCAGUAGACAAUUUUACAAGCAAGGCGCUUGAAUAAACGUUUUAUUUAGUAUUUGCAAGGUGCAAAAUGGAAGGUGCAGUAUUUCCUUCAACUCAAGUGAGUGUUCUAAGGGGCGCAAUAGGCAGCUUACAAGAGUACCGGAUAGGUACUGAUUGGAAUAUAUACCAGGAGAGGUUAGAGCAAUAUUUUCUUGCAAAUUAUGUAGAGAAUGAUAGAAUGGUUCCAGUAUUAUUGACAAUAAUUGGUGAUAAGGCCUAUGAAAUAUUAAAAGGAUUGUGUGACCCAGUUUUACCUAAGAAUAAGACUUUCGAUGAACUAUGUAUCCUUCUACAAAAGCAAUUCACUAAAAAAGUUUCUGUUUUUAAGGAACGAAUAGAAUUUUAUUCUUUGAGACAAGCUGAAAAGGAGUCCGUGGCAGACUUUUACGUAAGAAUUAAAAAUAAAGCAAUAGAUUGCAAGUUUGGGACUACAUUAAACAAUGUUUUAAAAGACAAAUUCGUUUGUGGUGUGAGAAAGGGACCAGUCCUGGAUCGCUUAUGUGAGGAGGAUCAUACAACAACCUUAGAACAUCUAUAUGAGUUGGCGUUGAGAAAAGAAGCUGCAGCAGUAGAAGCCAACACUUUAGUUCCAGUAAAUAAGAUAUCAAGCACCAGUGUUAACCAAGGCAGAAAUAGAGAAGCACGAGAAGGAGGUUCAGGAGGUUUGUAUGGAGAGUCAAAGUGUAAUGCGUGUGGAGGAAUAAAACAUGACUUUAGAAAUUGUAAGUACCGAAAAUAUAGUUGUAAGAUCUGUCGGAAGGUUGGCCAUCUGGCUAAAAUGUGUAAUAAAAACAAAGGAAAAAGUACUCAUUAUGUAGAACCUGUAGAGAGUGAAAAUUCUGAUUCAGAAAAUGUACAAGAUUUUGAUUUUGUAAACAUGUACCAUACCUCUUUUGAUAAUGUUAAUAAUGGUUUUAUAAAACCACAAAAGGCAAAUAUGUUAAUUAAUGAUUGUACUAUCUUAAUGGAACUGGAUUCAGGCGCAGGUAUCUCUGUCCUUCCUGAAAAUAUUUAUAUCAGAUAUUUCAAAACCAGUGCAUUACUUCCAACUAAAGUUAGACUCAGAUCAUUUGAUGGAAGUAUUAUUACACCUUUAGGUGAGAUUUUCGUAACUAUUCAAUAUAAUAAUGUUAGGGUAGAUAACUGUAGGUUAAUUAUAAUAAAAAAUGGAACAACAGCCUUAAUUGGUAGAGAUUUAAUGAAGACAUUUAAUUUCGAGAUUAAAUUACCGGGAGUUCCUAACAUUAAUAUAAAUAAAAUAGAUCAGGAUGCAGAGAUAGCAAGGUUAGUAAAAAAAUAUAGUUCUCUCUUUAGUAAUGAAUUAGGGCAUUAUAGGUUUGAAAAAGUUGACUUAAAAAUGGAACCAAAUGCAAAACCUAUAUUUUGCAAACCAAGGCCAUUACCUUUUGCUUUUAAAAGGGAUGUUAAUGCAGAAUUAGAUGAACUUGAAAGUAAGGGUGUCAUUACCUUGAUUGAAAAUGCUGAAUGGGGCACCCCACUGGUUCCCAUUGUCAAGGAGACAGGCAAAAUCCGUGUAUGUGCUCACUACAAAAUAACCGUAAAUAAAUUUCUAAUUGAUGUCAAGCAUCCAUUGCCAAGAGUGGAGGAGUUAUUUGCAGCCCUCCAGGGUGGGCACCUUUUUACAAAACUUGAUUUCAAAAAUGCUUACAACCAAUUGGAGCUAACGGAGGAGACAAAAAAACUUUUAAGUUGGAGCACACACAGAGGUAUUUAUCAGGUA